UCUGCCCAGGGGCCAGUUGAGCUCGGCUCCGCUCGGUUCGGUUCGGUUCGGUUCAGUGCAGGCCGGUGGGGUCCAGCUCGCAGAGCUCCGCAGUGUGUGUGUGUGUGUGUGUCCAGCGCGCGAGCUUUGCGAAGCCCCCGGACCCGCCCGGUGUCCCAUGGAGCCCGCGAGCGGCCCGUCUCGUGCACCAUGAUGAUGACGUUCUUCAGGCUCCCGGUGAGAUGAUGAGUCCGAGCGCGGAGAUGCCGCCGGUCCUCGUGCUGCUCGUGCUGCUGCUCGCGAUCGACGUGCGUCGCAUCCUCCACGCGCAGGAUUCCUCGUGCUGUCACCAUGCUGCUGAACUGUCACCUUGUAGGGAAGCCUGUGACCAGCUGUCCAUAAUAAAGAGCGAGUCGCGUCUGAAACACCUCCUGCACCGACUGCCCAGCUACUGUCCAGAACAUAUGAUUGAACUGUGGACUUGCAUCAACACGACGCUACCAGGGGUGUCCAAGAAGUCAGACGGCUGGGUGGGGCUUGGAUGCUGCGAACUGGCCAUCUCGGUGGACUGCAGGCGCCACUGCAAGUCGGCGGCAUCUAUUACUGACAUCACCAAAGUAUGCAAGAAGGACUCGGAGAAACCUCUCUACAGCUGUAUCGCCAAAAAUGAGAUGGGUUCCUUGUGCUGCGGCUACGUGGGGAGACACACCAACUGCAGGGAGUACUGCCAGGCCAUCUUCCGCACAGACUCCUCCCCCAGCCUGUCCCAGAUUACCACGCUCAAGGAGUACUGCGAGAGCAUCAGCCCCCAGCUCAUCAGCUGUGUGGGAAACUACACCAAGUUGUACCCAGUCAAGAGCCCCAUUGACAGCCUGUACUGCUGCGAUCGUGCCGAAGACCCCUCCUGCCAGGCCGCCUGCAGGCGCAUCCUGCACACGCUGAUCACGGAGCAAGAGAUCAUCGAGGCGCUCAUCGCAGACUGUGACCGCCAGCCACUGCCCCAGGACCCGAUGUGGCAGUGCUUUCUGGGUAGCGCACACUCACCCCCACCCAGCGACCCAGACACCUCCCCAACUGCCAAGAUGGACUGUGCCAAGCUGCACUGCUGCUCGAAGGCCAAUACCUCGCUGUGCAGGGAGCUGUGUCAGGAGAGCAGCACCAACUGGGGAGGUCAGACGUGGCAAGAGUUUGACCAGCUUUGCGAAUACACGCCGUUGGAGACGGAACUGGUGAGCUGUCUGGCUGAUGUCCGGGAGCCCUGUCAGCUGGGCUGCAAAGACCUCACCUACUGCACCAACUUCAACCACAGGCCCACGGAGCUCUUCCGCAGCUGCAAUACUCAGGCUGACCAGGGCGCCAUGAACGACAUCCGCCUGUGGGAAAAGGGCACCAUCAAGAUGCCCCUGAUGAACAUCCCAGUGCUGGACAUCAGCAGGUGUCUCCCGGAGGUGUGGAAGGCGGUUGCCUGUGUGCUGCAGAUCAAGCCAUGUUCCAGCAAGUCACGCAGCAGCAUCAUCUGCAAGUCCGACUGCGUGGACAUUCUGACUCAGUGUGGAGACCACAGCAAGUUUCACGAAGGCCAGACUCCCGAGAGCAUCUGUGACCUGCUGUCCCCCAUCGAAGACCCGGAGCUCUGCAUCCCCCUGGAGAGAUACCUCACACCUGGUUCAUUUGGUCACCUUGUGGAGGAGAUGAUCCACCCCUGCAACCCGAACCCCUGUCCAAGCAACCAUUUGUGUGAGGUCAACAGGAAGGGCUGCCAGACAGGCCACGACUGCCUGCCCAAUAUAUGUGUCCCAGGCUGCAAACUGGGCGAGGCCUCUGACGUCUUGGUGCACAUGGAGGCCCUCGUCCAGGUCCCGGUGCGCAGCGGCCCCGUCGGCUGCUACGAGGUGUGUGUUUGCGGGCCGAGCGGGAGGCUGGAGAGCUGCGCGGAGAUGCCCUGCAUCGACACCUCCAAGACCUGCAUCGUGGGAGGCCAAAGGAAGAACCACGGGGCCUCCUUCAAGGUGGACUGCAACUUGUGCUUUUGCUUUGCCGGGGAUCCCGUGUGCUCCAUGCGCCAGUGCCUGAGCCCCUUCAGCUCCGAGGAGGACCGGCAGAGCUUUACCGGACUGCCCUGCGGCUGUCCCGACCAGUUUGUGCCUGUGUGUGCGCACAACGGGCGUACCUACCCCAGCGGCUGUGUGGCGCGCUGCGUGGGCAUGCAGGACAACCAGUUCAGCUUUGGCACCUGCCGCAGCCGUGACCCGUGCGACCCCAACCCCUGCCAGAAAGGUCAGAGGUGCGCGCCCAAACGGCAGGUGUGCCUGUCCAGCACCACCCAGUACCCCUGCAGGCAGUACGAGUGCCUGUUUCGAACCCUCACCUGCGACACGACCCGAGCAGAGCCCGUGUGUGACACAACACACACAGAGCACCCGAACCUCUGCGUGCUGCAGCAGCGCGGGAGGAACCUGUCUUACACCGGCCACUGCCAGGAAGCCUGUCGGAAGCGCAGGCCGGUGUGUGGACACGACGGGGAGACCUACGGCACAGUGUGCGAAGCCCACUCGCACCGGGUCGCUCUGGACUACCACGGGCACUGCUACGCCGUCGGGGGCGUGUCUGAGUUCACCCCCGAGUCGGGCUGCAGCAGCGUCGUCUGCCCCCCUCUCUCCGCCAGAGGCUGCAAGCCGGUCACUCCACCAGGGGCCUGCUGUCCACUCUGUGCUGGGAUGCUGCGAAUCCUGUGGAACAAGGUGCAGAUGGACGUCUUCGCCAAGCUGAACCGCGAGCAGCCUGUGACAGUCCACGACGUUCUGGAGAUCCUCCGACUCUACGUUUCCGUGCCCCAGUGCGACGUCUUCGGCUACUUGAGUAUCGACUCGGAGAUGGUGGUGCUCGUGGUGCCUGUGGACCAACAGCCCACAGCGCUACAGAUUGAAUUGUGCAACAAGGAGGCAGAGAAGAUCGACUCGCUCAUCAGCUACGGGAGCCCGACCCUGGUGUCCCUCGUGCCCCUUUCAGCUUUCGGCUCGUCGGAAGUGAAGGUCUCUGCUCUCAGCAAGGCGGCGCGCCCGCCUGCAGGGCCCAGCCUGCUCCUCGGCACCCUUGCGGUGCUCGCCGGCUGCGUCGCCCAGCUGAAGCCAGCUGCGUGUGACCUUUGACCCUGGCUCCGCCCCUCACACGAGUCCCUUCUGGGCCCAGUGCUAAAAUGCCCUUCAUACAUAAAGCUCUGACAAUCGGGAGUGCGUCCGCCCCGGGACGAGUCCCUCUCGCCAUGUCCCGCUGGGGGCCACUAGAUGCUUGGGCACUCCAUCUGUGUCCUUCUUCCUGUGGGUCUACAGCCCCGAGGACCAAAGAGAAAGUGCAGCACUGACCGUAACUUGAGCGGAAGCGCAGCGUCCCUCCCCUUCUCCGAAGCCGUCUCAGAGCCAGCGCCGUCGUGCAGAGGGCCACUUAGAUGUGCUUGGAGAAGGAAAGGGCGCGCACACAUGCACACAUACACGCACACACGCUACCUUCUGUUAGCUCAGAGACAGAAGGGAAUUGAUCGUGUCGCUCCACAUAGACGACGAACGGCCGUGUUCCUGCUGAACGGACAGCAGUAGCCAUGACAAUGAUUUCGACAAUCGCCUCCUGCGUGUGAUUUUCACGCAUGGGUAGUUCCCAGCGUUUACUCUGUAUCGUAAAGCAGUAAUUGUGUGUUGGGUGUCAGCGGCACAGUGGGGAAGCCUGGUAGCCUUUCUACUCUCAGGGCAGCAUAGGUGUGUGUGUGUGUGUGUGUGUGUGUGUGUGUCCUUGCUUCCUAAGACACAAGAAGUGUUUCCAGCCUCUCAGUAUUAUUGUGCCUUUUCAUCCAGGUUCCUUUGUGAUGUUUCAUGUCCUUCGUUCGUGUUGUUCCACUUUGUGUUUUACCAUGUUUUUGCCUCCUCUUACUUUCUCCACCAAAAGUAUUUAUACUUCAAAGUGUACAAAUGUUUAGGCACUUACAGCGUAACUUUAAGGUGCAAUGUACCGCGUUGUGAACUAUUUGUCUUUUUUGUGA